AUGCCGUUUCGACGCAUCGGCGUCAACUGCUUCGGCUUUGGGGGGUCAAAUGCGCACGUUAUCCUUGACGAGCCAAGUGCCUUAGUUUCAGAUUACUCCCCUGCAUAUGCUAGCUGUUAUGAAUCUUCUGACGAUAUAGGACCACUGCACGAUGAGAACAGCCCUCGGCCGUACUUAUUAUGCUUUUCCGCAAAUAAGGAAAAGUCACUCCGAGAUUAUGUUAAAAGGUUGGCGCAGCAUCUGCAUAAUCCGCUUGUCAAAGUCAAGCCUCGGGACAUAGCAUAUACAUUGGGUACACGCAGAAGCCAUUUAUUCCACCGAGGCUACAUUAUCAUGAACCAGUUGGACGACGUGGAUCCGAUAGCUAUCUCAUAUGGAAAAAAACACUUGCAGCCUCCAAGGGUAGGAUUUGUAUUCACCGGGCAAGGCGCCCAAUGGCCGGAAAUGGGUCGAGACUUGCUAAAGUUUUUCGCACCUGCCAAAGAGGUCAUCGGGCACUUGGAUGCUGUGCUCCAGCGACUUCCAGAUCCACCAAACUGGACCUUACUAGAUGAAUUAACUGAGCCGCGUGAUCCUAAGCAUAUCAGACAACCAGAGUUCAGUCAGCCCCUCGUAACUGCGCUACAAAUAGCUCUUCUGGUGGUACUGAAACACUGGGGAGUUUGGGCCCAGACUGUCGUUGGUCACUCAUCGGGUGAAAUUGCAGCCGCAUAUGCAGCUGGAUAUUUGUCAGAUGAGGAAGCAAUACUGCUCGCAUAUCAUCGCGGUCAGUCCUGUCAGGAUACACAACUGCAGAAAAGCCUAUCCCUGGGAAUGCUAGCCGUUGGCCUUGGACCGGAUGAAAUUUCAAACUACCUGUGCGACUCGAACGAUGUCGAACUUGCAUGCCGCAAUAGUCCCACAAAUGUGACGCUUUCUGGCACUGUUGAAGCUUUGGAGCAGUUAAAACAGAAGCUUGAGAAGAAUGGGUCAUUUGCACGAAUGCUGCAGGUCGACCUGGCUUACCAUUCGACUUAUAUGCACGAAAUCGGAGAAGCAUACAAGGAGGCUGUAAGCCGAGAUUUGCCCAUGGUUUCUUCUCCAGAUCCAGUAUCAGAUGAUGUGGUUAUGUAUUCCUCCGUGUCUGGCCAUAUGCAGGUCAAAAUGCCCGAUGUGGACUACUGGAAAAAUAAUAUGAUCUCCCCUGUCCGCUUUAGUGAUGCCGUUGGCGAACUGCUAGCAUCCAAGGAACCUCCAAACUAUCUGAUCGAAAUCGGGCCGAGUGGUGCUUUAAAGGGACCGGUAUCGCAGAUACUAAACGCUCUGGGUUCGACAAACAUAAAAUACAUUCCAGCUCUUCACCGCGGAGAGGGCGCAAUUAAUUCCACACUUGGGGUUGCUGGAGAGCUAUAUCUUGCAGGCGCCCCUAUUCGGAUGGAGCUAGUGAACGAGGAUUCUCAACCAUUGUAUCCAUUGACUUUAAUUGACCUCCCCAAUUAUUGCUGGGAUCACUCAGAUAAGUAUUGGUUCGAAUCUCCUGCAAGCGAGGACUGGCGAUUUCGGCCAUUUCCUCAUCAUGAUCUCCUCGGUAGUAAGGUUCUUGGAACGCCCUGGUAUAAUCCGACUUUUAAGAAAACCAUGAGCCUCACUCACCUACCGUGGUUGCGCGAUCAUCGACUUGGAUCAGAUGUUAUAUUUCCCGGAUCUGCGUAUGUUGCAAUGGCUGUCGAAGCUAUAUACCAAGUAGCCUCGGUUCGACAACCAAAUGCCAUGGUAUCAAGCUCAGGCGACCUGGGCUACCGUUUGCGCAAUGUUCGUUUUGACAUGGCUCUUGUCUUGGAAGACGGUGAUGAACCAGAUGUAUACCUUACGAUGAAUCCAUUUCCCGGGUCAAAAGAGUCUUGGUAUGAGUUCAAGGUCUUUUCAAUACGGCAAGGUGUGACGAGCCACCAUGCAAACGGUAUGAUCCGUGUUCAUGAACCCGUCGUCGACCCAGCCCCCCGAGAGGACAUUGCACCUCUAGAGCAUCCAUCACCGGGCCACCUGUGGACAAAGGCUUUUGCAGAAUUGGGUUUCAACUAUGGGCCAGCAUUCCACCUCCUUCAAGAAGUAGAGAACCGCACUGGCAUGAGGCGUAGUCGGUGUACCAUCACAUUGGCAGAACCUGUUUCAGAUCAUGAGUCCCAGUCACAUUAUCCAUUCCAUCCUGCUGCACUGGAUGGCGUGUUCCGGGCCACAACACCAGCAUCGGUAGCCGGAAAGCGCGGUGCGAUACGCGAGACAUUAAUUCCGGCAAUGGUCGACGACUUUAUCAUAAACCCCAAUCCGAACCGUCCGGAUGUCGGAAUAGCUGUAUCGUCAAGUUAUUACUCUGGCAGAGGACGAAAAGACGCAGCAAAGAGCUAUUUAGGUGACACCACGGUAUACAACCCAGCCACAGGGGAUCUACUAAUACGGAUGACCAAGCUUGCCAGCCAUAAGAUCAAUUUAGGGGUUGAUCCAUUGUCCCUGCAAACUUUGACGCAUGAGGUCUUUAAGCCGGAUAUCAGUACUCUUUCACAGGAGUCGAUUCAAAAACUGGGAACCUACUACGAGGAUCAUGUGUCGGGGAUAUUGGAAUUGGCAGCACAUAGAAAGCCCGGCUUAGAUGUCCUCGAGAUUGAUCUGGACACGGGUGAUCUCGAAAGCCCGUGGCUUGAUUGGCAGCAUAAGACCGAAAGUCAAGCGGGAAAAAGCUAUCGGUUUAUGGCGCUCGAUUCGGCCAGCAUUGCAGACGUCAAGUGUCAAUAUGAUCAUUAUGCAGACGACUCGUUCCAGGUUCUGAAUCCUGAAGAGACUCGAUUGGGCCUAGAUGCAGAAGUUGUCUUUGAUUUGAUAAUUCUCAAAUGUGUUUCACCCUUGUCUGAUAGGGCAUCCUCCGUCGUCGAGAAAGCUAGUUCAUUGCUUUCUACUGAUGGCCAUAUAUUGGCACUUGAAUUAUCGGCCCCCGGGCGUCAGAUAAAUAGCAAACGCUCGCUAAGAGGCAAGCUUACGGGCCUCGGCUUUCGCAAAGUCCUUUCUGUGCCAGGUAAAAUGGGUACUAUAUUCCUAUGUUCGGCAUCUCCUCCACGAACGCAGAACGUGGAAACAGCCGCAACUCUUCACAGUGUCGUCUUUGGUGACGGUGGUUAUAUCCCUCCCGUCACGCGUGAGAAUCUUCAACGUGCUGGCUGGCAGGUUAAUGAACACCAAUGCCCUGAUGAGAGCGUUCCAGAGGGCGCCACUGUCUUGGUAAUCGAUGAGGUAUUCUCGUCCUUGCUCACGCACAUUUCCGAAGCGCAAUGGAUCUAUCUUCGCCGGUUAGUUACCAGUGGCUGUAGGAUACUGUGGGUGACGCAGGGAGCUCAGCUCGCAGUAUGUCAACCCGACAACGCACUGGCCGCUGGUCUCUUUCGCUCCAUUCGGUCAGAGGAUCCAAAUGCAACAAUUAUGACACUCGACGUUAGAUCCCGCGACUUGGACCAGGCAACGCCACACAUCCUGACAGUACUGGACCAACUCAGGCAACCUCAGGCUCGAUGGAUAAGUGACAGCGAGUAUGUGGAACGGGACGGCAUCCUUCACAUACCGCGUGUCGUGCCAUUUGGGCCAUUGGCCCACGAGGUCAAGGAACACAUAGCCAAGCCAAUCCCCAAAUUAUUGUCUGAAAACGAGCCGCUUACCCAGCUGAGAGCAGAGUACGUGGGUACGUUGGACGCACUACAAUUUGUCGAAGUAUGUGAGGGACCCCUUCCAGAGGGCCACGUUGAGAUUGAGGUGUGUGCAGCUGGCCUUAAUUUCAAGGAUGUCGCUGUCACAAUGGGAAUAGUCCCUGAAAACGAGCAUUUGCUAGGACUUGAGGGGUCUGGUAUCGUUCGCCGCACUGGGCCUGGAGUUGGUGAACACUUGUGUCCUGGAACACAUACAGUAUUUAUGGCAAAGGGGGCACUUGCCAACAGGAUAUAUGUCCCGAAAGAAUUCACAGUUCCUAUCCCUCAUACCAUGCCCUUUCAUGAAGCAGCAACAAUGCCCGUUGUGUUCUGCACGGCUCUAUACUCGUUAUUUAACACAGGCAACCUUCAACGGGGACAAAGUGUGCUUAUCCAUUCUGCUGCAGGUGGUGUUGGAAUGGCCUGCAUCCAGCUUGCCAAAUAUGCCGGGGCGGAUAUUUAUGUGACUGUUGGAACGGAACAGAAGCGUCACACUCUUCAUAAGAAGUUUGGGAUUCCUUACGAGCGUAUGUUUUCCUCACGAUGCGCCGGGUUUGCACUAGAUAUUAUGAAGUCAACUCAGGGGAGGGGGAUUGAUGUUAUUGUCAAUUCUCUCACGGGGGAUUUACUAGAUGCUACGUGGCGCAUCUGUGCUGAUGGUGGAACCAUGGUUGAAAUCGGGAAGCGAGACAUCGUGGAACGGAACUACCUCGCCAUGGAGCCAUUUGAUCGAGGAUGUUCAUACCGCCCCAUUGACCUGUCCCAUCCCAUCGGACUGCAAAAGCUACCAGUCCUCCUGAAGCGCGUUUUCGAGUUGCUUGCCGACAGCCAUAUUACUCCCAUCACACCCAUCACUACCUUUUCUAUGAGCCAGGUUCCUGAAGCCUUUGCGUAUCUGCGCAGUGGCCGCCACGUUGGAAAAGUGGUUAUAUGCGAUAAGCCCGAAGAGGAAUCCAAAGUUUUAAUACGGCCAUUGCAGCGAGAUAUUUCUCUCCGGGAAGGAGUCGCCUAUCUUAUAGUUGGGGGACUCAAGGGGCUUUGCGGCAGCCUCGCUGUGCAUCUCGCUCAAAGAGGAGCUCGCCACCUGGUCGUUCUAUGUCGUAGUGGGUGCGAAGAUUCUCGUUCUCAGAAGGUAAUCUUGAAUUGCCGCUCGCUUGACUGUAAGGUACACGUCUGCCGUGGCGACGUGCUGCGGACCCUGGAUGUGCGACGAGCCUUUAUGCGAGCACCAGUGCCCGUUGGAGGCGUGGUCCAGGGUGCCAUGCUUCUUCGUGACCGGCCAUAUGAGAUGAUGACAGUUGAUGAGUAUCAUCAAAGCAUUGAGGGCAAAGUGCAAGGGACUUGGAAUUUGCACCAUGUGUCACUGGAAAGGGGCCAGGCACUUGACUUUUUCCUCCUGCUAUCCAGUAUUUCAAGCGUGGUGGGCAGCAAAGGCCAAGCCAACUAUGCUGCUGCCAAUAGUUUCUUGGAUUCAUUUGCUGCAUACCGCCGAUCGAUGGGCCUGGCCGCCCAGACAAUCAAUCUAGGGGUGGUAGAGGAUGUGGGUGUGGUGGCUGAAUCGGAUGAACUCAGCAAGCGACAUCAGGGAUCCAACGAGUUGACCAACAUCCCAGAGGGAGUGCUGCAUGACAUUGUUGACUGCUCUCUACAUCAACAGUUCUCUUCUAAUGAGCUAUCACUGUGUGCUGAUAAAGAUAAACAUCCCACGGUCCCACCUCGGCUUAUUACAGGCCUACGAGUACCUCAGGACCCCAGGCAGUCUGGCCUUCGCUUCGACCCACGUUUCCGAGGGUUAUUUAUGGGCCGAUCCACCGCAUUUGAGACUGGGACAGGAGCCAGUGAUGGCGACAUCCUGGGCAGUGCGGUACAUGCCUUCCAUACUCUUGUGCGAUCUGGCGCGGUUGGUGAACAGCUUCUCGAGUCAUGCGUGCAAGUCCUAGCAACUCGAUUAGGUCAGAUGCUGCGGUGGGGUGAAGACCAACAGAUCGAGCCGGAGAGACCACUGUCGGUAUACGGAUUAGACUCCCUAUCAACUGUGGAGCUCCGAAAUUGGGUCAAAGCACAAAUGGGAGCGGAGCUGACCACCUUUGAUAUUGUUCACGCGAAUAGUUUAAUCAUGCUCGCAGAGAGGCUGUUAAGUAAGAUGCGACGGGAGUGA